AUGCUGGUGACUGCUUACCUUGCUUUUGUGGUCCUCCUGGCCUCCUGCCUGGGGUUGGAGCUGUCAAGAUGCCGGGCUAAGCCCUCUGGAAGGGCCUGCAGCAAUCCCUCUUUCCUUCGGUUUCAACUGGACUUCUAUCAGGUUUACUUCCUGGCCCUGGCAGCUGACUGGCUCCAGGCCCCCUACCUCUACAAACUCUAUCAGCAUUACCACUUCCUGGAGGCACAGAUUGCCAUCCUCUAUGUCUGUGGCCUUGCCUCCACCGUCCUCUUUGGACUGGUGGCUUCCUCCCUGGUGGAUUGGCUGGGUCGCAAGAAAUCUUGCGUCCUCUUCUCCCUCACUUACUCUCUCUGCUGCUUAACCAAACUCUCUCGGGACUACUUUGUGCUGCUCGUGGGCCGAGCACUAGGUGGGUUGUCUACAGCCCUGCUCUUCUCAGCCUUUGAGGCCUGGUAUAUCCAUGAGCACCUGGAACGGCAUGACUUCCCCGCCGAGUGGAUCCCAGCUACCUUUGCCCGAGCUGCCUUCUGGAACCAUGUGCUGGCUGUAGCGGCAGGUGUGGCAGCUGAGGCUGUGGCCUGCUGGAUGGGCCUGGGGCCUGUAGCCCCCUUUGUGGCCGCCAUCCCUCUCUUGGCUCUGGCUGGGGCCUUGGCCCUUCAUAACUGGGGAGAGAACUAUGAUCGGCAGCGUGCCUUCUCUAGGACCUGUGCUGGGGGCCUGCGCUGCCUCCUGUCGGACCGUCGUGUGCUGCUGCUGGGCACCAUCCAGGCCCUGUUUGAGAGUGUCAUCUUCAUCUUUGUCUUCCUCUGGACGCCUGUGCUGGACCCACAUGGGGCUCCGCUGGGCAUCAUCUUCUCCAGCUUCAUGGCAGCCAGCCUGCUCGGCUCUUCCCUCUACCGUAUCGCUACCUCCAAGAGGUACCACCUUCAGCCCAUGCAUCUACUCUCCCUCGCUGUCCUCAUCGUCGUCUUCUCCCUCUUCAUGUUGACUUUCUCUACCAGCCCAGGCCAGGAGAGUCCAGUGGAAUCUUUCAUAGCCUUCCUCCUUAUCGAAUUGGCCUGUGGACUGUACUUCCCCAGCAUGAGCUUCCUGCGGAGAAAGGUGAUCCCUGAGACUGAGCAAGCUGGUGUCCUCAACUGGUUCCGGGUGCCCCUGCACUUACUGGCCUGCCUGGGACUCCUGGUCCUCCAUGACAGCGAUCGCAAAACGGGCACUCGGAAUAUGUUCAGCAUCUGCUCCGCCGUCAUGGUGAUGGCUCUGCUGGCGGUGGUGGGACUCUUCACUGUGGUCAGGCAUGAUGCUGAGCUGCGGGUGCCCUCACCCACUGGGGAGCCCUACACUCCUGAGCUCUGA